GCCUGGGGGCCUGGCAGGGCAGCUGGAGGCGCUACGCGCGCGGCUGCUGGAGGACAUGGCCGUGGUGCGCGGCCGUCUGACCCCUGCCUAUCCCGCCGGUCUGGGCGCCUUCGGCGUCUACCUGCGCGGCUACCACGGCGCGCUGGCCGAGUGGCUGGGGGCCUCCGCCCGCCGCAGGCUGCCGCUGGCCGACCGCUACGCGCUGCUGCACUGGCACAACCAGGUGUACCCCAGGGAGGUCCUAGGGCUGGUGGACAUGGUGGCUCUGGAGAAUGGGGAGCUGGGUCCCCUCCUGUCCCCCGGCACCCUGCGAGGUCUGGAGGAUGAAUGUGUCACAGAUGUCAAGGCUCAGACCCGGGCAGCCCUGCUUCGGGUGCUGCAGGAGGACGAGGAACACUGGGGGGACCUGGAGGACCGGCCUGGCAGCCUGGCCCAGGAUGUGUGUGAGCUGCUGGAAGACCACACGGAGCGAGCACCCCGCAUCAGCCAGGAGUUAGGGGAGCGCAUGGCACAUUGCUGCCUGGGGGGGCUGGCGGAGUUCCUGCAGAGCUUCCAGCAGCGUGUAGAGCGAUUCCACGAGAACCUGGGAAUCCGAGAGCUGCCGCCUGACACCUACAUCAGCAGGACCAUUGCUCUGGUCAAUUGCGGCCCCCCCCUGAGAGCUCUGGCUGAGCGCCUGGCCAGGGUGGGACCCCCUGAAAGUGAGCCAGCCCGGGAAGCCUCGGCCAGCGCUCUGGACCGCGUGACCCGGCUCUGCCAUCGAGUCCUGGCCGACCUGCUAUUCCAGGAGCUGCAGCCGCACUUCAACAAGCUCAUGCGCCGGAAGUGGCUGAGCAGCCCGGAGGCCCUGGAUGGGAUCGUGGGCACGCUGGGCGCGCAGGCCCUGGCGCUGCGCAGGAUGCAGGACGAACCCUACCAGGCGCUGGUGGCCGAGCUGCACCGGCGCGCGCUGGUGGAGUACGUGAGGCCGCUGCUUCGCGGGCGUCUGCGCUGCCGCUCGGCCCGGACCCGCAGCCGCGUGGCCGGGAGGCUCCGCGAGGACGCGGCUCAGCUGCAGCGGCUGUUCCGGCGUCUGGAGUCCCAGGCCUCGUGGCUGGACGCUGUGGUGCCACACCUGGCCGAGGUGCUGCAGCUGGAGGACACGCCCAGCAUCCAGGUGGAGGUGGCAGUGCUGGUGCGAGACUACCCCGACAUCAGGUGGGCCCGGGACCCUGUGCACCUGUCGGCCCCUGUCCCCAGGCGGAAGCAUGUGGCGGCCCUGCUUGACAUCCGUGGCCUGCACAGCUCGGCUGCCCGUCAGGAGAUCCUGGCCGUAGCCCGGGACCUGGAGCUGUCUGAGGGAGGAGCCCUGCCGCCCCCUCGGGACCGUGCUUUCUUCUCCGACAUCCCUGUGCCACACCCGUCCUUCUGCCUCGGCCUCCCUCUCGCCCUGGGCCGCCUGCCACUCUCUCGGCUGGCCAGGCCCAGCUGGGCCUGUCUGCCCCUGCGGCCUCGACCCCCGUCGCCAUGGAGGCCCCGGGCCCAGCGCUGAGGCUCUCCCCGACCCGAGCCUCAGUGCCCCCAAUUUGCUGCUCAUACCCCCGUGACUCCAUGCCUGGGACACAGACCCUUGUGUGGCGGAUCUUUAGGGGUCUCCUUGCCCAUCCCCAACCCCCUAGAAGGACAUAGAGGCCCGCAGGCGCUGAGACCUCCCACGCGCUCCCAGCUCCGCCCAGUCCACGGCCCAGGGUGGCGGUGGCAGUGCUGCUGGCGCGAUGCUGUGUUCUGGAAGGCGACAGAAAUAUCCCAGCCCGCCUUCCCCUCACCUCAAGGUCUGGCCCAGAUCCAACGUAUUAAAGAAUGUUCGAUACUUAGAAUAAAGAGGUUUCUAUUUCACACGAGGAAGGGCUGAGUCCCACGUGUGAGGGAGGAAGGAGGGGGACAGGGCCCCGGGCCAAGCGCUCCUAGCCGCCCAAGGCCGGGCCGGGGUCCAACGCUGGCUGCACCGGGCCAGCAGCUCUCAGCCGCCCCUUCGCACAGGUCCCUGGGGCUGUGUGGCUCCGAGGCAGCCCCUGGGCCACUCUGAGCCAGGGACCGUCACUUUGUCCUCUUUCUCCGGGCCUGGCGGCUCCAGCUUGGCACAGCCUCCCCAUCCAUCCUCAGCGGGAAGCCGAGUCAAGAAAGGAAGGAGGUUGGGGGUAGGGCCAGCGGCAUCCAGGGCGCCCUCCUGGGUUGUCACAGGAAAAUCUCAGGGUGGGAAAAUUUCCAGCCUCUCACCCCCAGCCCCGCCGGAUCUUGGUCCCCAUGGAGACCUGGAGGUCACCUCCCUGCUGACCCCUGCCCCUCCGGACUCCCCUGGACAGCGCGUGAUGGAUGCUUCCUGGCCUGUGUUGUGUUUUAUUCUUCUCCCUGAGAAGUCAGAAAGAGGAGGCAGCCAGGGGUCAGCACUGGGGCUGAGGUUGGAAACGCACGCACGCACGCACGCACACACGCGUGGAGCCUUGAGGCUGUGCUGUGUAGCCCUGGGCAGGAAGUUGCCUCUCUCUGAGCUGCUUUCUUCUCCAAGCAGGUGAAUCCUUUAGCCUUUUGCCUUUGUGCUUUACCCACCAAAGUGACACUUGCAGUGUCUUUGAUCUGCAGAACAGUAGAGAAGUCGAGGAACAAGGAUUUGUAGGAAUUUGUGUAAUUACACUUGUAAUCUGCGAGGUUCUUUUCAAAAUCAACUUUAUCAAAAUACGGUUUCCAUAGCAGAAAACCCAUUCACUUAAAGUGCAUCAUUCAAGACAUGUGUGGUAGCGUCAACCUAUUAAUCUCAGCCCUUGGAAGGCUGAGGCAGGAGGAUCUCCAUGAGUGUGAGACCAGCCCGAACUACAUAGAAAGACCCUGUCUCAAAAAACUAAAAAUAAAUAAAUAAGUGCACCA